GAGGGUGCAUUUCAAAACAUCCUACCUCAAUGGUAGAAGUUUCAAAGUUGACUAAUUAUGGCACAAGCUGUGAGGCUACACGGUAACGGAAAAGCAAAAAUCUUGACAGAUUCACUCCUUCACAAAAGAGACAGUCCUUUUAGAUUUAAAGGACUCACAAAAGAUGGAGACUUCACAGAGGUCUCCCGUUCUGUCAUCCUGUCUGAUCUCAAUAAUAGUUGUGCUGAAUAUCAUCUUGUGGAUGUUUCUAAUGUCAGCAGUGGGAUUAGGGGCUAUGCACCUACAUGACUGCCCCUUACAGCCUUAUAUCCCCAUCUACCUGCUGGUGAUCGGGCUGACGUCCAUCGCCUCCCUGCUCCUAGCCUACCUCAAUAACACACUGGAGACUGGCUUCCUGAGCCUACUGUGUUCCUCCUGCAUCUUCCUCCUCCAACUCUUCAACCUCGGCUGGUUCAUCACAGCACAUCAAGUACAUGAAGACGGGAGUGAGUGGGUGUACUCCAUAUAUCCCCCGAACUAUGACACGGACGGUGGAGAGAAGUACUGUCAGAGGAAGAUAUACCUGUUUGCUUUCUGGUUCAACAGCCUGGGAAGCAUCUGUAUGGCUGUGGUGUUCUUCUGUGGAGUGUUCUUCAUCUUCCUUACCUGUGUGAAAAUGGCAUUUAGGGGACACCAUCUACUCCAUUCACAUAAGAGAUCGUAUGGUGUGGACGCUUGAGAACUCCGUGGCACAUAAACCUCACUAACAUGCUUUUGCUGUUCUGUCUGUCUGUCUGUCUGUCUGUCUGUCUGUGUGUCUGUGUGUCUGUGUGGAGAAGUGGAUAUACAAUAAUGUUCCCAAAUGUUCUGCCCGGUGAAGGAAAGUCACGCUGUGUGAAAAAUUGUUUUUCCAGGUAUUCACUCUCAAUUGCAAUUCUUUUUUUUUUAUCAUAUCAGGAGACAAUUUUUGGGGUCUGGAAAAAAUCUAAAAAUCUAUAUUUAGGGAGGUGUAGUUGCCAUUUAAUUCAGUUUCACACCAAGCAAGAUACCUUUUGGCUAGCGGGGAUUCUGUAGCCUAGAGUACAACGUACAGUUAAAGUCAGAAGUUUAUAUACACUUAGGUUGGAGUCAUUAAAACCUCCUUUUUCAACCACUCCACAAAUUUCUUGUUCACAAACUAUAGUUUUGGCAAGUCGGUUCAGACAUCUACUUUGUGCAUGACACAAUUCAUUUUUCCAACAAUUGUUUACAGACAGAUUAUUUAAUUUAUAAUUCACUGUAUCACAAAUCCAGUGGAUCAGACGUUAACAUACACUAAAUUGACUAUGCUUUUAAACAGCUUGGAAAAUUCCAUAUAAUUAUGUCAUGGCUUUAGAAGCUUCCUUAUAUCCGUCGCGGAAGUUAGAAUAACAAUGAUCCAGGGUUUUACCAGCCCUGGUUGCACAAUCGAUAUGCUGAUAGAAUUUAGGGAGUCUUGUUUUCAGAUUAGCCUUGUUAAAAUCCCCAGCUACAAUGAAUGCAGCCUCAGGAUAUGUGGUUUCCAGUUUACAUAGAGUCAAAUAAAGUUUGUUCAGGGCCAUCAAUGUGUCUGCUUGGGGGGGAAUAUAUGCGGCUGUGAUUAUAAACGAAGAGAAUUCUCUUGGUAGAUAAUGCGGUCAACAUUUGAUUGUGAGGAAUUCUAAGUCAGGUGAACAGAAGGACUUGAGUUCCUGUAUGUUGUUAUGAUCACACCACGUCUCGUUAAUCAUAAGGCAUACCUCCCCCCGCCCUUCUUCAAACCAGAAAUAUGCUUGUUUCUGUCGGAGUGAUGCGUGAAGGAACCAGCUGGCUGUACCGACUCCGACAGCUUGUCUCGAGUGAGCCAUGAUUCCGUGAAGCAAAGAACGUUACAGUCUCUUAUGUGUCUCUCUGGAAUGCUACCCUUGCUCGGAUUUCAUCUCCCUUGUUGUCAAGAGACUGGACAUUGGCGAGUAGUAUGCUUGGGAGCGGUGCGCGAUGUGCCCGUCUCCGGAGCCUGACCAGAAGACCACUUUGUCUGUAUCUAUAUCCACAGUAAAACUAGUCCUAUAUCGGCAUAACCUGAAAGGCCACUCAGCAAGGAAGAUGCCACUGCUCCAAAACCGGCAUAAAAAAAGCCAGACUACAGUUUGCAACUGCACAUGGGGACAAAGACCGUACUUUUUGGAGAAAUGUCCUCUGGUCUGAUGAAACAAAAAUAGAACCGUUUGGAGGAAAAAGGGGGAGGCUUACAAGAACACCAUCCCAAACGCGAAGCACGGGGGUGGCAACAUCAUGUUAUGGGAGUGCCUUGCUGCAGGAGGGACUGGUGCACUUCACAAAAUAGAUGGCAUCAUGAUGAUGGAAAAUUAUGUGGAUAUAUCGAAGCAACAUCUCAAGAUAUCAGUCAUGAAGUUAAAGCUUGGUCGCAAAUGGGUCUUCCAAAUGGACAAUGACCCCAAGCAAACUUCCAAAGUUGUGGCAAAAUGGCUUGAGGACAACGAAGUCAAGGUAUUGGAGUGGCCAUCACAAAGUUCUGACCUCAAUCCUGUAGAAAAUGUGUGGGCUGAACUGAAAAGGUGUGUGCAAGCAAGGAGGCCUACAAACCUGACUCAGUUACACCAGCUCUGUCAGGAGGAAUGAGCCAAAAUUCACCCAAGUUAUUGUGGGAAGCUUGUGGACGGUUACCCGUAAUGUUUGACCCAAGUUAAACAAUUUAAAGGCAAUGCAACCAAAUGCUAAUUGAGUAUAUGUUAACUUCUGACCCACUUGGAAUGUGAUGAAAGAAAUAAAAGCUGAAAUAAAUCACUCUCUCUACUAGUAUUCUGACAUUUCACAUUCUUACAAUAAAGUGGUGAUCCUAACUGACCUAAAACAGGAUUUUUUAACUUGGAUUAAAUGUCAGGAAUUGUGAAAAACGGAGUUCAAAUGUCUUUGGCUAAGGUGUAUGUAAACUUCUGUCUUCAACUGUAGACCUACAGUGUAAAUGUGAUGGCAGAGUUCGCUAAAAUAAAAGAAUGCCCUCCCGAUUGAUAAAAAUCAUAAUGAUAUCAUUCUGUCAGGUAGGCCUACUUUGGAGUAAUUUAAUUGUGAAGAUGUUUUGGUAAAGCCUUGUUUACUCAAACAGUGCAUGAUGACUGAAUUGCGCUUUGCAAAGAUUCAAACAAGACUUCGGACUAAACGUUUUCAAUACCUAGUUUGCAUACCCAUUGUUCCCUUAGUUAGCAUAUACAGGUAGAUAUCAUAAGUUGAAACGUCUUUCCUACCUACCCUACAGGCUCCCGAUGUCAUUCUUCUGUGAGCUGCUCCAUGCAACAAACGCUUGAGAGCUGUGUGCUCUUCUUCUUCUCCUUCUUUAACUUUGUAUUGGCUGAUCGCAACAAAGAGGUGCAUACGCCACCUACUUACUGUACUGGAGUGAGGCCAGUCACAGCCUCCCUAUUCAUACAUUUCUCUUAUCUAGUCCUGUGUUUCCGCCUACUGUUCUGGAGUGUGAAUUCAUUACACUUUGUGACACAAAAAGGGAAGGUAAAAAGGACUGGGAAAAGGGGAAAAUAAUAAUUCCCUACCAACUAAACCUACAGCCAUUCAAAUCUCACCAAUAUUCCACUACUUGACCCUAUCUGAUCCUACACCAGGCCGGCAGCCUGGACCCAUCUUCCUCUACUACUGUCUUCACUGUCGGAGCAUAUUACACCUUCUGUACUACUCUAAUCCUGGCAACCUCAACCUGCCUUUCUCUCAAAUCAAAAAUCAAAUCAAAUGUAUUGGUCACAUACACGUGAUUAGCAGAUGUUACUACGGGUGUAGCGAAAUGCUUGUGCUUCGAGCUCCGACAGUUCCGUAAUAUCUAACAAGUAAUAUCUAACUAAUUAUACAACAUAUACCCAAAUCUAAGUAGGAAUGAAUUAAGACUUUAUACAUAUGGACGAGCGAUGCCAGAGCGGAACGGACUAAGCUACAGUAGAACAGUAUAGAAAACAGUGUAUACACAUGAGAUGAGUAAUGCCAGAUAUGUAAACAUUAAAUGACUAAGAUACCAUAGAAUAGUAUAGAAUACAGUAUAUACAUAUUAGAUGAGUAAUGCAAGAUAUGUAAAUAUUAUUAAGUGACUAAGAUACCAUAGAAUAGUAUAGAAUACAGUAUAUACAUAUGAGAUGAGUAAUGCCGGAUAUGUAAACAUUAUUAAAGUGACUAGUGUUCCAUUCCUUAAAGCGGCCAGUGAUUCCUAGUCUAUGCCUAUAGGCAGCAGCCUCUAAUGUGCUAGUGAUGGCUGUUUGACAGUCUGAUGGCCUUGACCUUUCUUUAAAUGUAACUCUUGCAGGAAGCCACAUCUGCUGACAAUCUCUUUAAGUGUUCAAGAACCAUAUGCUAUCAUGAAGCCCGUGCAUAUUCCAUGUGAUACAUUGGAUUUUGUUAGUCUACUUUUUACUAUGAGGCGCUUUGCCUUUUUAGGGCUUUUAAACUUCAACUUCUCUCCUAAUGUACCAACAAAAAAGUUUUGAUUAUGUCAUUGUACAUAAAAUGGAGAAAGACUGUUACUUAAGUACUGUGGCCAGGUUGUAUUACCUUAGAAAUUCAAUUCAAGUAUAGUGGCUGAUGGGGGUCUACUUGGGGAGAGUGAGUCCACCAAGUGACUGAAAUGGGAUGAAUUUGUAAGUCGCUCUGGAUAAGAGCGUCUGCUAAAUGACUUAAAUGUAAAUGUAUGAAUGGAGGCCCCAUGCACACCUCAGAGAAGUGUCUGAUGCCCUCCCAGUCACCCCAUCAGAGUCCCCUGGAUUAAGCCCCUCUCGAUUGUCACCAAUAACCACCAUUGAAUCUUCGCUAUAAUGACAAACAAGGAAUAAUAAUGAUUUGACAUCCUUUCCUAGUCUUUUCAGGACUCUUAUUCAUUUUACAGCGGGUUUGCAAGUCACAAAAAAACAAUACAAUUAAUACAAUUCUCCCCCUUUACCCCACCCAAGCCAAGCGUAUCCCAAACGCCCAUCUUUACUCACCCUUGCCCACCCACGCCACGCUUGUCCCCACCCUCCCAUUCUUACAUACAUUCUCGGAGCUCUACGGACAAUUCCUUCAACCUCAUAGCUUAGUUUUUUCUCUGGCAUGCACAGUCAACUAUGGAACCUUAUAUAGACAGGUGUAGACUGCCAUCACUAACCGGCUACCACCCGGUUACUCAACCCUGAACCGUAGAGGCUGCUUCCCUAUAUACAUAGACAUGGAAUCACUGGUCACUUUAAUAAUGGAACACUAUUCACUUCAAUAAUGUUUACAUACUGCUUUACUAAUUUCAUAUGUAUACACUAUAUUAUAUUCUACUGUAUUAUAGUCACUCCUCCAUUGCUCGUCCUAAUAUUUAUAUAUUUCUUAAUUUCAUUAUUUUACUAUUAGAUUUGUGUGUAUUGUUGUGAAUUGUUAGAUAUUACUGCACUGUUGGAGCUAGGAACACUAGCAUUUUGCUACACCCGCAAUAACAUCUACUAAAUAUGUGUAUGUGACCAAUAAAUGUGAUUUGAUUUGUGUGCCUUUCCAAAUCAUGCCCAAUCAAUUGAAUCAACUCAAUUUCGAGGCUCAUAGCUAAGGGUCUGAAUACUUAUGUAAAUAAGGUAUUUCAGUUGUUUAUUUUAUUAAUACAUUUGUAAAAAUUCUAAAAAUCUGUUUUCACUUUGUUAUGGCGUAUUGUGUUGAUUGAUGAGGAAAAUAAAUAAUUUAAUCAAUUUUA